UUCGAUAGGAACGUCGUCGACCGUUUUUUCUUCUCAAACUCGAUCCUAAUUCUCAACGCCAAAUCGAGUCAACUUUCGAGCUCAGAAACUUCAGAAAUCGAGCGGAAUGGUCUGUUCAUGGCAAUGGCGAUUGCGAUUCGAUUCCCGUUCCUCAACCUCCGCCACCAUCUCUGCUCUCCAUUCUCCUCGGCAGCAAAUUCCGGCGAAACGCUCGUAUCCGACGUCGUCUCGCUCCUGACCCACCACCGCUCCAAGUCGCGCUGGACCCACCUCCGCUCCAUGUACCCCGACGGGCUCGCCCCGCCGGAGUUCUCUCAAAUUGCCCUCCGCCUCCGGAACAAUCCCCACCUCGCCCUCCGCUUCUUCCUCUUCACGCAGCGUCGCUCCCUCUGCGACCAUGACCUGCGUUCUUACGCUACGACCAUUCACGUCCUCUCUAGGGCCCGUCUCAAGCACCACGCUCAGGGCUUGAUCAGAGAAGCCCUUAGGAUCUCCCCAGAUACGAAGCCUGUCGGGGUUUUCGAGGUGCUUGUGAUGACGUACCGGGAGUGCGAUUCCGCGCCCUUCGUGUUUGAUUUGUUGAUCGAGUGUUGCUUGGAAGCGAAGAAGGUCGAUGAGGCUCUGGAAAUCGCGAGGUUGUUGAGGUCGCGUGGUCUGAGCCCUAAAGUCAGUACUUUGAAUUCGUUAAUCUGCUGGGUGUGUAGGUGUAGAGGUGCAUUGGCAGGUUAUGAGAUUUAUAAGGAGGUUUUCGGGGUGAGUAAUGGUGGAAAUGUGGGGAAUUCGAAACGGGUUGUCGGAAUUAGCCCAAAUGCGCGUACUUUUAAUACAUUGAUGACGUGCUUCUAUCAGGAUGGCGCUGUGGAGAGAGUUGAGGAGAUUUGGGACGAAAUGGUGAGGUCGAGCUGUGCGCCGAAUGUGCACAGCUAUAGUGUCUUGAUGGCUGUGUAUUGUGAGGAUGGGAAGGUUGUAGAAGCCGAGAAAAUUUGGGUUGAGAUGCGAGUCAAGGGAAUCGAGGCUGAUGUUUUGGCCUACAACACAAUCAUUGCCGGUUUUUGCGAGAGUGGACUGAUUGAGAGGGCUGAGGAAUUGGCGAGAGAAAUGGAAUUGAAUGGAUUGGAGAGUACCGGUGUCACCUAUGAGCACCUUAUAAAGGGGUAUUGUAAUGGAGGAGAUGUUGAUUCGGCAUUGCUGGUUUAUAAGGACAUGUGCAGAAAAAAUUUUGGGCCAGAGGCAUCAACAAUACAUGCGAUGACCAUAGCGCUGUGUGAUCAGAGUAGGGUUUUUGAAGCUCUGGAUAUUUUGAGAGGUGCAGCAGAUGAUUCUUGUUUGUUGCCAAAAGGGAAGACUUAUGAGGUUUUGAUAAUUGGGUUGUGCUUGGAGGGGAAGAUGGAAGACGCUUUGAGGCUCCAGGCAGAGAUGGUAGGUAAAGGUUUUGAAACGAAUUCAGAGAUUUACACUGCUUUUAUCGAAGGUUACAAGAAGAAAGGGAACAAGGAAAUGGUGGAGAAGCUGAGAAAAGAAAUGCAAGACAUGCAGCAGAAAGUGAAUUAGCAAAGCAGAAAAGGUAUUAGUUGGUUUAACCAAUUUGUGGAGAAGUUCUGGUGUAGGUCAUGCUUCUGGGAUUCGCAUCUGCUAAUGCAAGAUUUCAUGCUUUCAUAGGUGGUGGAAUUCAUCACCAGAGCAUCUGCUAGCUGUUAUGUGACGACUUGGGGCAGAACUAUCUUAAACAAAGGUUUAUGCGCUCUAUGUUCUCGUCUGCUUGGAACUGGCUUCAGAAGGAAGGUUGAAUUCACUGAGGAGCUGAGUGGACUGGAGGAGUUGAUGUUAUCAUGGUUUUGGUUGGGUUUUUGGUCCUAGAAGAAGGAUUGGUUUUGGGGCAAGUCAAGGUAAGAUAGUACUUGUGUGCAAGUACGUAGAAAGGUGAUCAGAGUCCUGUGUUCCUACGACUCCGUUUUGUAAACCAAGGGAAGCAUCUCUUUUCAUGCAUCUACAUUUUACUAUUGGUUGAUGAUCUUCAGACAAUGAGAAGAUUGUUUGUAGAUGUGAACUCUGCAAACGUGCAACAAAUUGAGGUUGAUGGUCAUCUCUCAUUGCAAUGUUCUCCGGCGACGACUGUGGGCACGAAGAUGCUUAUGUUUGAGAAUUGAGUUUGAAUCAGGGAGAGAUGUGGGUUGUUGAGUACAUAGGACUGCAAAGAUGAGAACAACUGUUCUCAGGUGUUAUGUUUCUUGCGAAAAUUUGAGACCAAACUGAAAUAAUUGAAUGAUUUGAAAUAUGC